AUGUGUCGUGUGGAAAACUUCGUUCUGGUUGCAGUGCUGCUGGUGGAAUGUUCCGGCCUGCACAUGUACCCGGAAAUAUUCGACCCAUCGAAGUUCCUGCAACGGCCGUUGCCUCUGAAACGAGUAGACAGUCGAGCGACUCCCGAGGCUGAGUUUCAUUCGGAUGGAGGUUUUAAAGAUGGUGAGGUUGGGUUCGUUCGUUCGAGCAGUGAGUCGGGCAAGGGUGGAUACCGGCAUAAGGAGAACUUCCACAAGAAGGACGGUAACAAGUAUGGGCACGAGCGACAAACAGGAUUCGGAGAGUCCAAGCGUACCGGAGAUGACCAGGCGCAGGAACACGGACGACUGAUGGUGGACACGCAUCACUACCGCCCAGAGCCAACGUACGAAGUCAUUGAGGAGCAUGACAGUGAUAUCGAGAAUCCGGAUAAAAACAAAAAAUAUGGUCUCAGCUCUAACUCCACCAAGAACAAGAAAAAACCUACCGAGGAGAAGCCAAAGUCUGCCAAGUCAUCGCGCCAAUCGGGUCCUCGAAAGGCGGGCUCGAAUCAGAAGAAAAACCAUACCGGCUAUGAAUCGAUCGUGUACCAUGAGAACGAGCGGGACAGUACGGAGCAUGGCUACGGUAAGAAGAAGGCGGUCGGCAACAUUCCCGACCAAAAACCGGCCAAACAGAUUGCCCACGACGAGGGAGAUACUUUCGAUGAGGAUGGGCUAGAAUCGGCCGACCGGCAGACGGAUGGUGACUAUUCGCACGAAUACGACGGUGGCUCUGACACUGGACGGGAAUCGGAUUUCAACGACAAUUACGACGCUUUGCGGUUCGACAGUGACUUCGAGCGGUCCUUCGGCAACGCGGACCAUCCAGAGGAGGGAGAAAAUGGCCGGCAGUCGGGAAAGAACGAAGAUUACGAUUACGCCGAUGAUGAUCGGGAUGAGGAAGAUGAUUCGGCUAAUGAGGACAAGUACCGGGGCGAUGAUGAUUCCGGCGAGGAAGAGGAUGGCGAAGGUGCGGAGAAGGGGGAUGAAGAUCGGCAGUACGAGUACGCCAGUGAGGCCGAUGGGGAUGCGCAAGAUUAUUGA